AUGGUUCGGCACUUUCCCGCGCAACUUAAUAGCAAACACACGGUAAGUCCUAGGGCACCGGUGUGGUACCGGCCAAAGGCUCUCCGAUGCUUAAGCCUUGGGAGGUGUGCAAUUUGUUUAGAGUUUCGAUGUGGGACUCUGGACAUCAGUUGUGGGACUGCCACGUGUCGAAGGGGGCGAGGUUGCCCUAAUAUUGCGAUCGGUGGGUUUGGUACCGAAGGAGUCCCCCAAGUCCCCUUGCGAGAGUUCUCGAAAGGGGAUUUGAAGUUGUCUUUGGAAGGAAUUGUGGCCCUACCGUUCGGAGGUCGCAUCGAGCGGACGGGUGAAGGGACGUCUGAGCGCUUCGACUUCCGCGCUUCGCGUGCCGUCUGUUCCCCACAAGAUGAGCGACACGUGGCGAAAGUAAUGAUGGCGCGCGGCGCAUUAAUGUGCCGUUUGGCUUUUCGAGCAAACGAGAGCUCUGUUGAGGCGAUUUCCGACGAGUGCUUCCGGUAUUCCAGGCGAUUUCCGACAAGAGCUAAUGGCAACCAGGCGAUUUUCGGUACUACCAACGGUAGGAAGGGCGAUUCGUGUCCAGGCGGUCUGAAGCACAGUCCGCGUCCAUUUCCAGAAGUUGAACUAAGGUACCGUUCGAUGUCCGAUAGCGAGUCUUUCUCCGAGCGUGAGCCCAACGCGUUCGAUGAGGAGUCAUCGGAAAGUCUCUUUGACUCCGAUGUUGAAGCGGCAGGGCCUGAUGCCGAGGAGGGAAGUGAUACCGAUGUCGAGAUACUCGGUGAAAGGCCCAGCUCCGUCCCCAUUCAUGGCAUCGGAAAGGGGCUUAUGACCGCUCCGGUACCGUUGUCUAUUGUCUAUAGCGACGGUCGCCAUGUGGGGCUUGGCGCCCCUGGGGAGGCGAGCGGUAGUCACCAACCAGAGGCCUCCACUUCCGGCCGUGGUGAGUCAGCUGUCGAACCGUCCAACCGACCGAGGGUCUCGGUAGUUUACCCCAGCAAUCCUAGGGUGCCGAUGGGGGUUCCGAAGGAGCUCGUCUUCGGUGUAGAUUAUCUGGAGCCCAACAGGAUUACCGAGAGGGAGAUUGCGAGGUUUCGGGCUGAAUACUUCAUACCAGAUUCGGUAGGCAUGAGGAUCCCAAAUCCUACCGAAUCUCUAAGUAGUCCGAAGGACGGCGAAGUCGUCUUUUUCACGGACGUGCUUCUAUAA